CUGUCCUGUGAAUAACGUCACUUUCACAGAUUCCGCGACGCUGAGCCAUGGGAUUUGUAGUUCUAAAGCGCUACAGUUAUACUGCUCUGUAAAAUGCUCUGCUCUCUGUUGUACUGUAUUUUAGGCUUGGGUGCUUAUAUGCCAGCAGAAUGUCGUUUCACAGCCGACGUUCCUGCCUUGAGUGAUUUUUAAUCUGUUGUCAAAAAUGCGGGCAAAUAAAAAAGCAAUUGAAAUGUUUUAAACACCACCAGCAGAUGGCGGAGGGUUGCACUUUCAAUGCGCGUAAGCAGAAAUUUGGGGCGCUGCCGCCAUCUAGCGACGGGAAUCGCACGUUACAUUAGUUUAUGGGACUUGUUUCUAUGGCAACACAUGGUGUUCAUCAGAAAUGGUCGGGUCGCUUCCAGACAGGUGCUGGUGAGAAACACUUCAUUUGCGUGACUGUAAAGUUAUUAUUAUUAUUUUUAAACAAGUUAUUUGCAACUAAAACAGUUUACAUUAGAUUUAGUCUAGCUAACGUUAAGUCUAGUUAAACCCAAAGAGCCGUACUUGGCUAGGUUAGCUCUUAGCUUGGCGUUCAUCCUCCGGUUUAGAACCCGGACAGGCUCUGGGCCAUGGACAGGGGUCCGGGAGGUCAGAGUGCUGCUGUCCUGCAGCAGGUUGACCAGUUUUGGUCUAUUUUGGAUGAAAUGUCACUGAAUGAUCCUGGAGCUUAUAAAAUGUUUAUCGACCGCCAGCUGCGUGAGGGAGCGGAGUAUUUGUCGCCCCCCGAGCCGCACUGCUGCCUCCGCGCAUCUCUACAGAAGCCAGAAGAAGGAAUACUGUAUGUGAACUUGUGUGGAUGGAAACGAGUGCCAGCUCCCACUUCUUCUACGCAGCCUCUUCCUGUGUGUGGCGGAAGACUGGAAACGGUUUCUGAAGAGAAUGAAAAUUACUAUAUAGUGGAUGUGGCCUUAAACCCAGAGGUUCUUCAGAGGGCAGAGGGAGACACACAGGAGAAAGAGCAGAUACACCUACUGGCUCUGAGCUUCAUUCAGCAGCACCACAACCUGAAUCUGUCUAAACACUUCACUGUCACUAAAGGCAAACUAAAGGGCAGCGUACAGAAUGUGAAAAGUCGGCUUAUGGCACCACCUCAGUCCAAAUUCAGCAGCCCGAACCCACAAACAGAGUCUGCCACCUCACUUAUUCAGCAGAUCUCCUCACUGCGAAUGGAAGAGACUAAAGAAGACUCCACCAUUCAUCUGAGUGUGGGGCAGGAGGAAGGCAGAGCGCAGCCAGGCCUGAUUGAGGUGAUCUGUAGUACAGAGUCAGCCCAGCCUCAGCUGCCCAAGCACCAGUUCACGGUGUGUGCAGAGACAGGCGACUCGAGCAGGAGCUUAAAGCUGAGUGUGGAGCUGCCUGGAGUACGCUCCGUCUCCCAGUGCGAACUCAGCAUUACCCAGGAUGACAUUCUGCUGAAAGUGGAGGAAAUGUAUUAUCUCCAUCUUCAGUUCCCUGAGCGUGUCAAUGAAGAGUCUUGUUGUGCAUCAUACAACAAAAAGAAACACGUGUUGACUGUUACAGCAUCUGUACUGUAAACUCAACAAGAAGAUUCUCAAAACCCCCUCAAGUGCAUGUACUCCUCUUCAGCUCCACAGUAACCUCACUGUGCAGAUCAUCAAGAGUGUCUCGUGACGUGUUCCUUGAGCUAAGAAUGUCCUAAUUAGAAAAACCCAAUUACGUUACAGUUUUUGCACCAUUGCACAAACUGAACGUUGCAUUUUCCACAUUGUGAGAUAUGUUUUUAGUAACACAUAUUGAUAAAUGAACAAAAAUAUAAAACUUGGUCGACUCAAGUUGUUCAUGGAACACUUUUACUAAAAAAGUGGACAAAUACUGGAUGCAUUUGAUUUCAACACUGAACAGACAUGCAUACUCUACAGAAAAGAGCAAUAUUUUCAAAAAGCACAUUUUUAUAUUCAAAUAAUACAAAUUUUACAAAUAAGGUGGUCCCAUCUCUCCCAGCUUCUGGUUUCAAACGACAGCCAGCAAGUCUGUCUAUGGAAUCACUUGGAACAGUUUUAAACGAAUAAUCUAUUACCAUGAAUAGAGUCAACAAGAAAAUCCAGCAAGACAUUGUGAACUGUGACCUGAAACACACAUGGCAACACUCUAUGUUCAUUACAAGUCUUUUGGCAACUAAUAAACUCAUUCCUUGACAAGUACCUAUUUUCUUUUUAAUAUACAGUGUAAUUGUGUUCUUUAAUAAAACACUCUUUUCUAAACUUAUAAAGAUUUUUUUUACAGAAAAAUGAAAUACAGAUCAUAGUACCAAUACAGUCAAAGCAAUGUCCAGAGUUAUUUAGCUGAAAACAGUUCUUAGAAUCA